AUGGUGCAGGGAGAAGAUGGCGAACCGUCGUCUAAGAAGCUCCAUCCAUUCUUCACCAAGAGCGAUGUCGACCAGCCUAUUGUUCCUCCGGCACCGUUACCUGUAGAGCCUACGCAGCCUGCAUCCGACGAUCUCCCUACAAGCACCACCGAAGGCCCCAAGCGAAAGCGAAGAAGAACAGACACUCCUCUGGCCCACGACGAUCCCGAAGCCAAAAAGUCUCGUCGGGGAAGGAAGCCAGCAAAACAGACACUCAACGGUGCUAUUUUGAGCCACCUCAAUAGACCGGGCCAGGAUGUUGUAUCCGCAGGCGAACCCACGCCUGGCCAGCUAGCUACCGGCUUUCCAGCUUCAACGCUCAGCGAAGUGACCCCAGAGCAGCUGGAUGAAGCAACUCUCCAGACAUUGAGCAAAACCGAGCCUCCACAAUUCCCUCCUAGCUCUCUUCGGGACCCAACGCCCGUUCCUAUGCAGCCAAAGAAGGUUCUCAAGUUCAAUCCAAAAACUGGAACAUUAGGCUCGCCCCCAAAGCCAAAAGCGACGAGCAAGCCGAGUCGCAUUGUCACAAUCAGAUAUGGACGGGACGAUGAGCAUCGAAAGAAUAUGGGUGACAAGAUUACUGGCAUACUCGAAGGAAGGUUGAACUUGUCGCUGGAGCCGAGCAAACGCAAAAGCACUCAGCCUAGACAGGAGCAGGGAACCGGGACAGCUGAAAAAUCAAAAACUACACAUCCAUUCUUCAUGGGUAAACCGAAACCGCAAUCUGAUGUCGGCACAUCAGGCGAUUCGACCAAGAAACCCUCGGGCCACAAGAGCAGCGUGUUUAUGUCUACGCCGGUCUCACCAAAGAAACCCAGGAACCCUUUUUCUUCGGGGAAAGCCAUCCAGUUUGGCAUCAAAUCAGGCGGUACCAAGAUCCCCGGUGCCAUGUAUCCAUUAUGGCCAGCUCAUGGGAUGGCUCAUGUGCGAGAUGCCGAUUUUCCAUACACGAGGGCAACUGUUCGGGAAUCGGGAAUAGGUUACAGGAGAUCAAAAAGGGUGGCUGUCUCUAUUGCUCCUCACGAGUCUGUGCUGCGGCAUCUUGUAGAUGAGUUGGACAUGACGGGAAUGCGUCACAGCCUUCCUAAGGACGACAACAACUUCUUACCGGCACCUCCUGAACUACGCUUACCCCAGAGACACUUUGAAAGCGGCCGAAAGCUCCAGAAACGAAUCCGACCACAAUUACAGAGCCACAUUACCAAUCAUUUCAACUACGAUGAGAGCAAUCUCGGCGUCGAUGAGCUUGCGAUUCAGCAACACUCCAAAACCCACCCUGCCAUCAGUCGCCUCUACAGGACCUUGGAAACACAACUUUCAGCCUUUGAUAGAUCACAAUGUGAAGGCAGCGCUUGGAUUCAAAAGUACGCCCCAGUCACAGCUGCCCAAGUAUUACAGCCAGGAAAGGAGGCGCUACUUCUCAGUGACUGGCUACAAGCUCUUAGGGUGCAGUCUGUAGGGUCCGGAAGUUCAGAAGGCGACAAGGGCAAGGGGAAGCCGAAGAAGAAGAGAAAGAAGAAUAAACUCGACGGAUUUGUCAUUGAUAGCGAAGAGGAGGAUGCUGAGAUGGACGAAAUCUCCGAUACCGACGAGGACUGGGCUGCGUUGCCUGGCUCGGGGCUGCUCAAAAGGUCCGUGAUGCGCAGUAUCAAUAUGGCGGGCAAGGGCAGCAAAGAGCAGGGUCGUCUCACAAAUGCCAUCGUCCUAAGCGGACCCCAUGGAAGCGGCAAGACUGCAGCGGUCUAUGCUGUUGCAAAAGAGCUGGAUUUUGAGAUUUUCGAAAUCAACGCUGGUAGUCGCAGGAGUGGCAAGGACAUUCUGGAAAAGGUUGGCGACAUGACACGCAAUCAUUUGGUGCAGCACAACCGAGCCGAAUCCACCGCGAUCGAUCCAGAAGAGGUGGCCAACGAUAUCAACUCUGGGAAGCAAGGCAUGAUGACAUCGUUUUUCAAACCAAAGACGACGACACAACCGACGAAGCCGCAACGAGCAAAGCUGCCUGGUGAGAGCGUCGAGAAAGAGACGAAAGCGCCGCCUAAAAGUCAAAAGCAAUCCCUCAUUCUCCUCGAAGAAGUUGACAUCCUUUUCGAAGAAGACAAGCAGUUUUGGGCGACUCUGACCAGUCUCAUUGCACAGUCAAAACGACCAUUCAUCAUGACGUGCAACGACGAGAGCCUAGUGCCUCUGCAGAGCUUGAAUCUGCAUGGAAUCUUUCGUUUCUCACCCGCCCCCUCAAGCCUAGCCGUUGAUCUCUGCCUCCUUAUAGCCGCAAAUGAAGGCCACGCCCUUCAAAGAUCAGCUGUUGAGGCCUUGUAUACCUCUCGCAAUCACGACUUACGAGCAACAAUCACUGAGCUCAACUACUGGUGUCAGAUUGGAGUUGGCGACCGCAAGGGCGGGUUUGACUGGUUCUAUCUUCGCUGGCCCAAAGGCUCCGACCUUGACGAGAACGGCGAUGUGGUACGAGUCAUCAGUGAAGAUACUUAUCAGAGGGGCAUGGGAUGGAUUAGUCGAGACCCGGUCGUCUCUACUAGGGGACUUGCUGCUGAACAAGAGGCCAUGGAGCAAGCUUGGGACUUUUGGGGUCUCGACAUGGGGCAUUGGCGCAACAGUGUCGACAUGAGAUUCCCGGCUACGAAUACUGCAGAGUCAAAGAGAGAUAUAACAACUCUGAGGCAUUUGGAGGCAUAUGAUGACUUUUGCAGUGCCAUGAGCAGUGCAGAUCUCUACUCAGGGGGCGCCUACGGGGUCAAACUCCAGGAGACUAUCGACCCAACACUACCUGAGCUCGCAAGUCACAUCAGAGAUGAUUUCAUCUUGGGACAGACUUUGCUAGAUGCCGAACCCGUGGUACAUCAUGCCGCACCUGACAAGGCCAUUUCGACAUGUAUCACGGCUCUGGCUUGUGCAACGCUGCAUGAGUCGCCUACAGAGACGUUUGAUGAGGCCUCGGCACCAAUCUCGAAGCCAGCAGAUGAAGAGCAGACUGUUGCAAUUCUCGAUUCAUCCUUCCGGUCGUAUCCUCAUCAAACGACGAGGAUGGACAUUGCCAUCGCAUUUGACCCCAUCGCCGUGGCUCCCAAGGUUGCCCCAACCACAUAUCUCGACCCAUCCGUUUUCGAUCGCACAACGGCGCUCAUUGUCCUCGAUGUCGCGCCAUGGGUUCGGGGCAUCGUGGCAUAUGAACACCAGCUCAUGCAGAGACGGCUGAAGCUGAGCAACCUCCUCAGCGAGGGCGGCAAGCGGAAGCGAAUGCGCACCACAAGGAGCGCCUACUCGGCGUUGGAAGGCGGAGAACGCCGGACAACCAGGAGGGAGAGGCACUUUGGCGAUUGUCUGUCGACGCACCAUGUUUUGCGUACGGGGGGUGAUAGAUGGACGGAUCUGGUUGCAGAGGAGGUGGCCAAGUCGGAGGCGGAAGAGAGCACUGCGGCGAGCAGUCCUGCAUCUGACGAUUUAGCAUUACCGUGA